AUGGCCACCAGCACCAGCACCGCCGCCGCCGCCGGGCACCCGCACCUCAGCCCGCAAUUCUGCUUCUCCACGGGCGCGCUCAAAGAAUUCCUACGCCUCUCCCGCUCCACCGACGAUACCAUCUCCCAAUCCCUCAACACGCUCAGCACGCCCUCACGCACCCCCUUCGACCCCACCUCCACACUCAGCACACAGCGCACGCCGCGGCGCCUGCCCAGCAGCGCCUGCACGCAGUUCACGCAGCAGGUGCUGUUCCCGUCGUGGCACGCGCGGAGCUUGGUGCUCGAGUACUGCGGGCGCGUCGCGGCGGCCGACGACCCCGAGGACCCCGCGGAGGUGGUGGUGGUGGGGGAGCGGGUGGUGGAUGAGAGGCUGGAUCCGUAUAGUGGGCGGUACUAUCCGCGGGAGAGGAGGACGGAGGUGCUGGCGGGCGUGGUGAGGGGCGAGUGGGGGGUUGAGGAGAUUGUGAGGGAGAGGAGCUGGAGGGUAGUGGGGGAGCGGUGUGAGGGGGUGGGCGAGGGGGUGGGGAGGGGGUGGAGGGAGGCGUUUGCGGAGUGGAGGGCGGGGGUGGUGAGGGGGUAG